AUGCUGCAAGACGGAGAGGAAGCAGCAGCAGCAGCAGCAGCAGAGGGGUCACAGAGCCCCCCGGGGGAGGCCCUGUGCCCUGCUGCUGCUGCUGCUGCUGCUGCUGAGCACGGAGUUGCUGCAGCAGCGGGGGAAGCUGCUGCUGCUGCUGCUGCUGCUGCUGCUGCUGUAGGGACGCGGCUUCCGCGCAUGACGGGGAGUCUGUCGACGGUGUAUCUGCUGCUGCACGUGCACCUGCUGCCAGAGCCGCAGCAGCAGCAGCAGCAGCAGCAGCAGCAGCAGCAGCAGCAGCAGCAGCAGCUGCGCGUGGACGCAGCGUCGCUGGCCCGCAGCUUCACUGCUGCGCUGCUGCAGCACGCCGGCCUCGUCGGUGCUGCGCUGCUGCCGUUUGCUGUUUUGAACUUCGACUCUCGUUUGUCUUUUGCAACAAUUAAAACUUCUGCUGCUGCUGCUCCUUCUUUGCUGCUGGCUGCUGCCAGCAUCCGCGCCCUCCACGCCCGCCCAGCCCCCAGCAGCAGCAGCAGCAGCAGCAGCAGCAGCAGCAGCAGCAGCAGCAGCAGCAGCAGCGGCGGCGGCGUUGUUGUGCCUUGCUUCCUCACUCUCGUCAGGGCCGCUUCUUCGCUGCAUGCAGUCGCCUGCCCCAGGAGGCCCAACGCGCCGCUGCUGCUGCACUAG